AUGUGGAGCAACAAGCCACACACAGCAGCCACGUGUGGAGCAACAGGCCACAACACAGCAGCUACAUGUGGAGCAAUAGGCCACACACAGCAGCCACAUGUGGAGCAACAGGCCACACACAGGGGCCACAUGUGGAGCAACAGGCCACACACAGCAGCCACGUGUGGAGCAACAGGCCACAUACAGCAGCCACAUGUGAAGCAACAGGCCACACACAGCAGCCACAUGUGGAGCAACAGGCCACACACAGCAGCCACAUGUGGAGCAACAGGCCACACACAAGCAGCCACGUGUGGAGCAACAGGCCACACACAGCAAGCCACGUGUGGAGCAACAGGCCACAUACAGCAGCCACAUGUGGAGCAACAGGCCAUACACAGCAGCCACGUGUGGAGCAACAGGCCACACACAGCAGCCACAUGUGGAGCAACAGGCCACACACAGCAGCCACAUGUGGAGCAACAGGCCAAUAAACAGACGCCCACACAUAGACUGAUGAGGGUCAGAUAA